AUGGCAUUCAACAACGACCUCGCCAUGCCGGCCUACAUGAUUUACCGUGACAUACCCGCCGGUCAGCCCAUGGACCUCACGGCUCCUCUUGCGUUCUUCCCACCGAAAGACUCAGAUGAGCUGUUCGACGCCCUCCGCAUGACCUACCCACAUCUCAAGAGCCAUUCUGAGAGGAUAGGCCAAGCGGUCAUCGACUACCUUCUCGAGGAGAAUAUCGUUCCUGAGCAGCUUCCGACGCCGCAAACGAGCACAUCGACCAACUUCUCCCCAUGGGAAGCGUCGAUGCAGUCGAUGUCUGAAGGUUCCACCUGGAGCAGCCCGGAUAUGCUUGGGCUGGCCACUCCCUCGUUCGGGAACUCUCCACAACCGCAACACUCUCAGCCGCUAACGAGACAAUCCACGGUUGGUCUCUCGAACUCGGAGAACACGCCGGCGCUGGACCAGAUGACCAGCGUCUUCAGCCUGUCCGACUCCACUCAACCUAAGCAGCGAGUCCGACGGAAGAUGACUGAUGCCGAAAAGGCGGAAUACCGUAAGCGGAGAAUCGUAAAGGCAUGCGAUAAGUGCUCCAAGCGGAAGCGAAAAUGCCACCACAACCAACCUGAGAUGGAGAACAUCUCCACCAAGACAAACAAGGUCACCAAACCAAUUGUGACCACGCCACCAAAGAAUCAAGCACAUCAACAUCAACAGCAGCACGUCCCUGAUCCUUUCAUCGGAACGGCACCGUUCGACCAGUCAAUGACCGCCAACAUCUGCAUGCCCUCAUUCGACGAUUUUACCAUGUUGCCCGAAGAUCCGAUGUUCGACAACAACAUGGACUUCGGACUGUCUGACUGGCCAUGGAAUGAUGUUCCAGACUGGACGCACCUUGGCAUGACCGACAGCAACUACCAAAUCAAUGACCACCGGAGUGGCAGUUCCUCGCAGGGGCUUGCUCAAGGUGGUCCGUUGACUUGGGACAACCAACAUGCGAACCAACAUGCCGAGCGGGUAGACGUACCUCGCGAACCACAGCAGGCAACGCACACACGCCACCUGCACGAGUCGUACGGACCUGAGAAUCUCCAGCAGCCAAUGCUCGAAUCCGUAAGCCAAGGAAAUGCUACGGACGACUCGCUAGGAUGGCAGCAUCUGGCUUUGCACGAUCGCGACAGAGAACACCCUGAGCCGGGACGGCAUGUUCCGGGUGCUACGCCAGCACCAGCCCUCGCGCAGAUGACGCUGCGCUUGACGGGCACGAAGAAGGCUGUCCAGGCGUUCGGAGACCUGCUUUCGUCACGAUCCUCGAGUCGGUCGAGUCUGCAGAAGGUCUCACUGAGCAAGAUUGCACUCGUGGCGCUGGCAGGGUUGUCAACAGCACAGUCACUCACUGGGCCAGAGAGAAUAGAAUGGACGCUGAGUCGACCUGAUGACGGGAUCACGAUCGAGCCACACCGAUCGCGUGCGUCAGGCGUUGCUUGUCGCAGUCCGAGCAUGAUCGAGCGACGCAGCUCGCCGCGUUGCAGCAGCUCUUUCCGAACACAAGGAGACUUGGCUCGUCACGCGCAAUUGGUGCACCACGCAACCGAUCAAUGUGAUCCCCGUAGCCAACUGUAUGCUCUUACUGAGCCAGCAGCUGGUGGACAGCAUGGCGAGUACUUGCAAACGAGUCCAAGGAGAACGAGAACCGAAGCAACGAGUCGUAUACCGCUGCUACAGAGUAGUGACCGAACGGGCGCCUCGGGAAGCCGACAAGCGCUUUCGAGCGAGACCAGCAACAGUUCGUCACGGUCGCAAUCUGCACAGCAGAGUCCGCUCUCUCUGGGUGCUGGCAUCAUGACCAGCAAGAGUCCGACAAUGGAGCUCUACUCGCUGAAGCAUCGUUCGCCGCAGGGUCUUCUCGAGCGCGGCAAUGCUACCGCAGCGAGGAGUCUUCUGCUUCCCGCAGAAGCUUCCCGCGCUACUCAAGUCAACGGCGGUGCGUACCCGCGACUUGAGACUACACCAGCUGGCAACAAGUCUGCUGGCGCCAUAGCCGGAUCGACGAAUCGUCCGACACACUCUCGACCAACCGCGCCGGCCAACAACGCCCACACAGAUCUCCAGUCAAGCCCCGAUCUGACGAGAGCCGAUGGCCAAGUGGUCACAUUCAAGUCUCACAGCCACAGCGGCCUGGCUACACAAUCGACGCACAACAUGGGAUCAACCGCCAACGACUUUGCAUACCGCACGCCCACGCACAACGAAGUUGCAUUCUUCCGCCUGGAGGACCACGUGCGCCGCAGGGAUCACUUUGGCAGAUCAUCCUCUGCGCUCGCGGCGUGGGCUGUGAGCAAGCUGCUCAUGAUCCUCGUCGGUCUUGGAGUCCUUUGGCUCCUCUCCAUGGCGGAGACUCGCGGCAUCAGUCUUGGUGUCGUGCUUCUCGCGUCUGUGGCUCCUGUUCCGAGGGAUGGGGGAAUCCCCACGGCAUGGAACAGUGCAUGGUCGAACCCCGAGUCGCAUGCAGGUGUCGACGCGGACUCGCUCAGGUCGGUGCAGAAGAGACUGGCGAUGUCCUUCUACUCGGUGCUUGGCAUCAGGAACAGCAACAAGAUGGCGAGGUCGAAGUCGUUCGACUCGAUGGUUGCAUGA